AUGCGCGCCCCCCCCCUUCGCGUGUGCCUGGGAGCGCCUGGAAUGAAGGCCGUCCUUGACUCCCUCAGCGCGGUUCUGCCUGAGUACGGCAGCCUGCUGGCGCGGCUCUACGCGAAGCCCGCGGUGGGCCUCUGGCGCGACGGGGAGGGUGAUCUGCACGAGUUUAGCACUGGGUCCGGCGUGCCCCAAGGCUGCCCCCUCAGCCCGGCGGCGUACGCGGCGGCCCUCCACCGAACGACGUUGCAGCACUUCGCCAACUCCCCGGGGCGGCUGGUCACGGCGUAUCUCGACGACGUCGUUGCAGUCGUGCCGGUCGCAGAGGCUGAGCAAUUCCUCCACGACCUCUCCGGCAGACUCAGCGCCUGGGGGCUCGUUCUCAACGCGACCAAAACCAAAGUGUGGCUCCCCCGUGGCCACACCCAGUGCCCCCCGGCACUGCGGCCCCACGUGGUUGAUGAUCUCCGCGUGCUCGGGUGUGGCCUGACGCGCCGCCAGGACGACGACUGGGCGGAGCUGGCCGCCGGCUCCGGGGGCGGCGCCCGAGCCAUGGGCAAGGUUACGGAGGCCUUGGGGGUUUUCGGCCAGACCUUGGACGAGGCCGUGGCCGCCGGCCUCGGGGUCCAAGAGGCCGGCGCUAUGCUCCGCUGGACAGCGCAGGGCCUGCCGAACCACCUCCUGCGCGCGCAGCUCGUGGACCAACGAGCGGUGCAAGCUUUCGACUGCGUCCUCCGGCGCCUAUGGGACCGCCUCCUUAACGAGACCCAGACCGACAGGGAGUGGGCCCAGGCUUGCUUACCGCUCCGAGACGGCGGCCUCGCCGCAGGAGCCGCCGAACCCCGUCGGGAAGCCGCCCACGUGGCCGCCUGGUGCGCCGCGGCUCCGGCUGUCGCGCGCGCCUUGGGCAUGGGCAGCGCAGAGGAGCUCCUUGCGAGGCAGGCCACGGGCACCCAGGGCUUCGCCGACGCUGUGGCCGCCUACAACACCAGGGUGGGCAACGCGGCUUACUACCUCCAGGUCUCGCUGGCGCAGGGCGAACGGAGCAGACAGAAGGACUUGAUGCUGCCCGUCAUGGAAGUCCUUGGCGCGCGGGCUAGGGCCGGCCUGGACGACCGCGCGCUGGGCCGCCUUCUGUCCUGCGGAGGCCCUGGGGCAGGGGCUUUCACGCUGUUGCCUACGGCGCCAGAGCACCGGAUGGCAACCGACCUGUACCGACUGGCGUUGCGGAGGCGCCUCCAGAUGGAGGGCCCGCGGCUGCUGAAGGGUCAUGCAUUGCAGACGCACUGUCAACACACAUCCCGUGACGGGGUGGUUUGCGGAGCUUUGCAUGAACCCGAUCAGCAUCACGCAAUCGCGUGCGAGAGGGGGCCCACGCGCACUGCGCGGCACAACCGGGUCCGCGAUUUGUUAGCGCGUUGGCUUGCCAAGCGGGUCCCGGGCCUGGUGCAGACCGAACAGACAGUGCCGCAGUGGACGCGGCGGCGCCGGGAUCCAGAGACUGGCCAAGAUCGGAUGGAGCUGGCGGUGCUGGACGCUAAAUGGUCCGAGAAGGGCGUGUGCCACGUGGCGGACGUGGUGGUCACUAGCCCAGACAGCGCUGACGAGCGCGAGGAGAGGGCCAGGGCGGCCCACGCGGGCCUUGCUGCCGAGGACGCCGCGCGGGGGAAGCAGCUCCGCUACCCGCCUGGCCCAACGACGCCAGCCCUGACGCCUUUCGCCGUCGAGACAGGCGGGCGGGUCGGCCAGGCGGCCAGACAGCUCGUGCUCGACCGGCUGGACCACGCCGAAGGUGAGGCAGGGGCGAGCGCAGACGCCACUGCCUUUUGGCAGGAGCUCUCGGCCACGCUGCAGACUGCAGUGGCCGAGCAGAUCCUCGCCGCUCAUAGGCCGCCGGCCCCAGCCGGAAGACGCUGA